CAGAGGACUAUCGAUGCGUUGUGAUUUUAACAGUAAAACGAGCCACGGGAACCUUCUCCUUAGUAGGAUGCGUUUUCAUGCUGUUUGUGAUCUGGCUGCUCCGAAGGUAUCACUCCUUGGCUCAGGUAAAUUUGCACUACAAAGUACGGCGCGUUUUGACACUUCCUUUCCUUCUUCUGUUUUUGCUUCAUUACCGGAAAUGUGCUCAAUUAGUCAUGGCGAAUCUUGGCAUAAUUGAACCCAAUUAAAUUGCACAGAUUAAUGAAUUGCGGAGUUAAUUGACUUAUGGUCAUUGUGCGAUAGCGGUCGCCGUCUUGUGCUUUUUCUCCGCUCGCGAAUGAAGAGGUUUAAAUAAAUAUUAAAUGCACUGAAUAGAAAUGAAAUAAUGUCAGUUUCUCUGCUUUCUUUCAUACAGAAGGGUUUUAAUUUUCUGCAGUAUGCUAGGGCUAGUGCAGCUUGUGGAUGUUUUUGUGCUUUUGAAGCCGGUCUAGCGGGUCUGUCAGGUUCAGCAGCUCUGGGCGUUAUCCUCCUAAUCUGAAGUAAAUGACAGCUUAACGCGGGGCUCUGAUGGAUCCUAUUACCUCUGGACCAGGCUGCAGACAGCGACCUCACGUCCUCCCGGUCUUCCUCCCCUUCCUCCUCUUCCUCCAGCCUGCUCUUACUCCGCGUAAACCCUCUCCCAACGUCCAUCCGCUCACAAAGGUUAUCUGUCAGUCAAUAGUCUUUAGUGCUCUCAAGGCCCUGCUGCGCUCUUUUCCAGCCUCCACCUCCUCCUCCCCCUCCUCCCCCUCCUCGUCUUCCUCGUCCCCCUCGUCCUCUGUAGCCUUGGCAGGGUCACUGCUGGACACAAAUUGAUACAGAGCUGUGUGUGUGUGUGUGUGUGUGUGUGUUGGUGUGUGCAGCCACAUUGUGCUAGCGCCGCUAUUCAAAGUUAGAAUGAGACCAACAUCUGCUGAGAAUCACACCUCCCCCAUCUGAAUCCUGUAGCGCACAGAUUAUUGAUUCCUUUCAUAAAUAAUACAAUAUGUUCAGCAGAAAAUAAGGAGACUCUCCUCUGUGAUAUUUUCACAGAGUUGUCACCAGGGAUGGUGUACGCCAAGCUGUCAGCCACAUCAGUGAUCAUUUCAGCUAUAAUUUGCCCUUCUCUCUAAGUGAAUAUAAAUGCUCUGCCAUUUUUACUGGGGAUGUUCGGUUAGAGUCUCCUUCUUCAAGUCUUUUAUUAAUUUUCACCGUACAGAAGAUGAUUCUUAGCCUGACUGUAGCUGCCUUCUUCGACAGCGUAGCGUACGUCAUGGGUGAGACUCUUCCUAAGGGAUCGCUGUGUGACUUCCAAGCCUGGUGGCUAACAUAUUUUGACUGGAGUGCCUUGGCCUGGGUUUGCCUCAUCACCCUGAACCUGUACCUCAACCUUGUCCGAGAAAUAAGCACCAACAAAUACGAGAUGUUGUACCAUCUGAUGGCGUGGGGGGUGCCUUUGGUCAUGGCCUCGCUGCCGCUCCUCAAGGGAACCUACGGCCCUGCGGGACCCUGGUGUUGGAUCACAGAAGAUCACGUAGCCUGGAGAUUUGGGAUAUGGUACGUGCCUCUUUUCAGCCUCAUCUUCCUGAUGAUCUCCUGCUACGCCAGGAUCAUCUGCGUGGCCAACAAGAGAAUGCAGUCUUGGUUGGGAACCUUCAACCCAGAGAGGGAAAGACGUAAGGUUUCCUUGGCGGAGGAGAUCAAGCCGUUGAAGUGGUAUCCCUCUGUUUACCUGCUGGUGUCCAUCUUCCCCCUCAUCAACAGGAUCCAUAACGCCUUCUACCCUGAGGGUCCAUCCUUCCCCCUCACCCUGUUGCACGUCCUGUCGGCACCACUCCAUGGUUUGGCCAAUGCGUUCGUCUUUGGCCUGGAUAGGGACUGGUGGAGCCUACUGAGUCCAACUGGCUUGCAGCUGGCUCUGCAGUCGCGGCUCUGUGACAGGACUCGGAUCGGAGAGUACUACCCCGGGGCGGUGCGCUACACACAGGCUGACCUGGUCGACCUCAGCGAUGACGACGACGAUGACACCAACGUGCUCUUCUACUCCCCCAACAUGACCCUGAAAGACCGAGGGCCCUGAGAGAGAGAGAGCGGGAGACGGAGAGGAAAGAGGAAGAGCUAGACAAAAGAGACGGAGGAGAGGAGGGUCACAGCCAGAGAGAAACGCAGCGGAUUAGAAAGUGAGAGGCAGGAAAAAAGAGGUAGGGAGGGAAUGGAAAGGAAGAUUGGGGGGACAGUCAGGCAGAUAGAAGCCGGAGAUGAGCUGUCAGGUUCCAUUAUUAAUCCCCAUCCUUUACUAUUUAAUAUCCUAAAGACACACACACCGCACAUACUGAGCAGAGCUCCCCUGCAAUACUGCCGUGAGAGAGAAGCAGGGAUGGAGCGCUCUGAAGAUCCUCCUAAUGUUAAAGGCAUCUGCUGCAUCCCAACGGUCUUGAAAUGAUUUCCAGCUCUGCGCCAUCUUCCUGACUCCCGCGUUCUGUGGCGUUUUGGCAUGCCAGAAAAGUAAAGAAUAUGAAUUUUUAAAAAAAACACAUAAAGGACCGCUGAAAGGCAAUCAUAACAAGGUGUUCCUUUAGCAUUCGCGGCAAUUACCUUUUCACAUCUCUGCGGGAGAGGAGUUGAAAAGCAGGCCUUUUUAAAAGCACCUUGUAUGUCAGAUGUGAAAACAUCUAGAUGUACCCCGAGAUUGAUCCCGUUACUGAACUGUUUUCUUGCCAACAGGGGGAACAGUAGAAAUGGAGGAAAGGGGGCAAAUAAUCGCGCUUUUCCACGAGCACCUACUUGGUUCGACUCUCCUCGGUUUGUGAGGUUUUCCAUCAGGAUGUGGUAUCUGGUACCAGCUAGUAUUUUAGUUCCUACUCAGCCGGUGGUCCAAGCGAACUGAGUGGAGUCGAUAAUGUGACGUCUACAGAGUGCAGGCCACUGAUUGGACAGGGCAACACUACACAGCAUACAUAUUUUAAUACCUAACAGUGAUAAAUUGCAGCCAUUACACGGGACUGAUAUACGAUAACUGUAGCGAGCUAGCGUUAGCUUCCCCUCAUACGUCGUCCAGUUCGUGUCCUCUUGUCUUGGGCUGGAUGCUGCUGUAUUGCCUCCAAACUCUCCAGAAUUUGGGAGGUUUCUACUCGUUGCCCUCAGCUUUCUUUGACUCUCUUCUUUUGCUUUGAGUCUGACAAAAAGCCACAGACCGAGCGGCAGGUGUACCAUCACCUCCAUUGUUGUGUUUGUGUCACACACAAAUGACAUUAAGGGACUUACGGACCGCCGUGCGAUGACGACUCUACUAAGAUGAGAUGGUACUCAGUGUAAUGGAAAACGACCUAAACCGACUCAAACCGGCUCGACUUGGUUUAGGUGUUUUUUCAAUAGGACUAGUACCAGCUACCAGCUGCCAGCUACUGUUUUAGUACCUACUGGGCCGGGGUUCCCAGCGAUCUGAGUUAAGCUGAUAAUGUGACGUCUACAGAGUUCAGUGCACUGAUUGGACGGGGAGUGACUACACACGAGAGUGACUCCUUAACGAAAACCAAACCCGCCAUUUUCAAAAUAAACUGGCAACAGCGAUGGUUUGCAUUGCUCUUCAUGGAACGCUUUUACUUUUAAUCUGACACAAAGCCACAGACCGAGCAGCAGGUGUACCAUCGCCUCCAUGUCCUCCAUUGUUGUGUUGCGAUUGUGUCGCACACAAAUGGCGUUAAGGGACUUUUGGGCCGCCGUGCUACGACGACUCCGCCACGAUUAGGUGAUACUCAAUGUAAGGAAAACCACCUAACCCAAGCCGAGCAGAUGCGAGUGGAAAAGCGAUUUUAGUCCCUUUAGUCUCCUUCCUCAGACAGUAUUUGUGUUCCCUUCUGUCUCUUUACAUCACAUUACGCACAAGUAUUACUUUGAAAGGUGUAUUUUUUACUGAAAUGCUCACCUCUUUGUCAUACUGUAUUUAUAACAGAUCGAUGUACUGUAUAUAUUUAAGUGCGCACUCUAUUUUUGUACGUGCCUUGGGGCUGGAACAUGAAGAAAAUUAGCCCGAACCUGCUGCUCUUGACCUGAUUCAGAGCCUUAUGAACAACUUCAAUUCAAAAACAAACCCACACACACACACACACACACACACACACACACACACACACACACACACACACACACACACACACACACACACACGUACGUGCAUAUCUGUGAGGUGCUUGUUAAAACAGGUUGGAAACGAUGACACACAGCAGGCACCCACAGCGUAGGAGCCUUCGCCUUUGAUGGCUCAUCAUCUCACGGCCUUUGUCAGCGGUGGAGAGGGGACGCUGCUGAUUGGCAGGAUAAUGGAGUCGCUUUAUAUUCAACCACGGCCCAUUUGGUGUUUCCAGGCUUCAUCGUGGCGUCGGUGCGCUCCGCCGACUGUCAGCCGAGAACCAACGGAUGAACCAACACUUCUAACCCUUGAAGGGGUGUUUGAACUUUUGAGCCACAUCAGAGUGCAACUUUUGGUUUUUACAGUCCCACCAACCAGCACUGUAUCACACACACACACAGAGAGAGACGUGCACGGUGCCCCUCUUUUGGCACUGUUGCUGGUUUUACUUGACUGUGCACUCCAUCAAAUAAAUGAGCAGGAGAGACAUUUCAUAACAAA